AUGGAACAUGUAGCUGUUAAAAAAGAAAUACUUGAAGAAAGUGACAUAAUAGAAUAUGACCCAAUUAAUAAAGAACAUUGUGAAAUGGAACAUGUAGGUAUUAAAGAAGAAUUACUUGAAGAAAGGGAUGAUAAAAUGGAAUAUGACCCAAUUAAUAAAGAACAUUAUACAAUGGAACAUGUAACUGUUAAAAAAGAAAUACUUGAAGAGAGUGAUGAAAUGGAAUAUGACUCAAUGAAUAAAGAACUUUAUGCGAUGGAACAUGUUGCUAUUAAAGAAGAAAUACUUGAAGAAACUGAUAAACUAGAAUAUGGCUCUAUUAAACAAGAACCAUGUACAAAAGAACACGUAGCUAUUAAAAAAGAAAUUAUUGAAGAAACUGAUUCUAAGAUGGAGAAUGGAGCAAUUAUUUUAAAUGACCCGUUACAAUUAAAUACUCAAUUAAUUAUUAAAGAUGAAAUAUUUGAGGAAAAUGUUUUAGAAUAUCAUAAGAGUAAGAAUGAAGAAAAAUCUUUGGCGCGUGAAAUUAGUGACAAAACAUUUAACAGUAAGCAAAAUUUAAAGAUUCAUAAACGAACUUCUACUUGCGAAAAAUCAUUUUCAUGUGACGAGUGUGAUAAAACAUUUACGCUGAAAUGCAACUUAGUUACACAUAAAAGAACUCAUUCUGGAGAUAAACCAUUUUCAUGUGAUUUUUGUGAUAAAUCAUUCACUCAAAAAAGCGUUUUAAUUAAACAUAAUCGAAUUCAUACUGGAGAACGACCUUUUUCAUGUGAAGUGUGCAAUAAAUCAUUUGCUGAAAAAAGCUAUUUAAUACGGCAUAAACGAAUUCAUACUGGAGAAAAGCCUUUUUCAUGUGAAAUGUGUGAUAAAACAUUUACUGAAAAAUGUGCUUUAAUUAAACAUAAUCGAAUUCAUACGGGAGAAAAGCCUUUUUCUUGUGAAAUUUGUGAUAAAAAAUUUAGUGACAGACAUUAUUUAACUGAACAUAAACGAACUCAUACUGGAGAAAAACGUUUUUCAUGUCAAGUGUGUGAUAAAUCAUUUACUAUAAAUAGCCAUUUAGUUACACAUAAACGAACUCAUACUGGAGAAAAACCAUAUUCAUGUAAGAUUUGUGAUAAAUCAUUUGCUCAAAAAUGUGUUUUAAUUAAACAUAAUCGAAUUCAUGCCGGAGAAUAACUUUCCGUUUCAUGUGAAAUUUAAGUUAAUCGAUAAUUUUUAUAUUUUAGUUGCUUAGUUACUAGUUAAUAAUGUUAUAAUCAUGGAGGUUAGAGAGAAGGAGAACGAUCGCUGUAGGAAAUAGUCUCCCAGAAAUACGGACAAAAUAAGUGAGGCGCUGCGAUCGCUAAGUUGUCUCAAUAAAAGCGGGCUGUUGUUAAAUUUGUACAUUAUGCAACUAUCUUCACCUAAUUAUACUCAUAAACAACUAACUUCGCAGAUACUACUUACCGACGAAUUUUCAGAGACAGGCGCGCUAAUGUUUUAGCGCGUAGCGAUCGUUCUCCUUCUCUCUAACCUCCAUGGUUAUAAUAAUCUAUGAAAUAUUACUAACCAUUGUUGCUUUU